AUGUCGGAACAAGGAUGGUACAACAGAGAACCUAGCUGGGCAGGAAAUCGUUCAGACCAUGCAAUUAGUAAACCAAUUGAUGUGGGUGGAAACCGUAAUAACUUAGCUCAAUCACCCCGUUCUGACUCCAUGAGUCAAGGAGGAACGGUUUUGCAAAUGGUGGUUGAUAAUGUACUCUGUGGUGGUUCCCCUGCUUCCUUGAACGGGAAAUAUAUUACAGGGAAGCUCGAGAGAGAUGCUCAGAGAAUGGAAGACAACAAGAUGCGGCCCGAAGCAGGUGGCCAACCUAUUCAUUUCAAUCAGGCAUCUAUGCAAUUCAGUAACGGCGAUGUAGCUGGAACACCAGACUUCCAGUAUGGGUCAUAUGUUGUGCAAGGUGGAACUGUCAUAGGAGGACCACCGUUACCUCUGGGGUCUACUCCAACAGGACCCAGUGGGUACGGGUAUUUGGGAUCGUGGAAUACUGUACACAAUGGAGGAACAAUGGGUUCUGGAGUGAUGAACAGUAAUUUAAGCAGAGAAGGACCGCCGCCACCUCCUCUCUACUCUUCGUCACCUCCCUAUAAUAUGCCAAAUCCCGUGAUGAGCUUAACGAAUACUUUCACGGGAAUGAAUCUGGGAGCUGCUCCGAAUAAUCGUGUUGAGCAACCUUUGAUGAACAACAGCAAUCCUGGAUAUACAGGAGUGCAGCCUCAGCUUAUGUAUAUGGCAAUGAAUCAGCCAACACCUGCAGGUUCUUUAGGAAGCAGUCCUAAUUUCAUUGGAUCCAGCUUCAACAAUGUGUCUAAUUACGGAUUCCCGAAUCAAAAUUUCCCUAGAGUUCAAAAUAUUUAUUCUUCACAAACACAACCACCAGCACAAAACUUCGCCAACAACAGCGGAAAUGCCAAUAAUAAUAAUAAUAGGCGACGAGGAGUAGAUGAUAGAUCAACUACUACCCGAAGCAGUCUUCUUGAUGACUUUAGGAAUAAUAGAUGUCCAAAUCUUCAGCUGUUCGAUCUAGAUGGGCAUGUUGUGGAAUUUGCACAGGAUCAGCAUGGUUCAAGAUUUAUUCAACAGAAGCUGGAGAGGGCUUCGGUGAAAGAUAAGCAACUAGUUUUCGAAGAGGUUGUACAGCACGCUCAUAGUCUGAUGACGGACGUUUUUGGAAACUAUGUUAUCCAGAAAUUUUUCGAGUUCGGUACUGAAGAUCAGAAGAAAAACCUAGCGUCUGCUGUUCGUGGAAAUGUGAUGAAUUUGGCGCUUCAAAUGUAUGGUUGCAGAGUCAUCCAAAAAGCUUUAGAGUCUAUUGAUGAAGAAGCUCAAAUGGAAAUCUUGAAAGAAAUGGAAAGUCACGUUCUGAAAUGUGUUAAAGAUCAGAAUGGAAAUCAUGUAGUGCAGAAGGUCAUAGAAAAAGUGAAACCUGAAAAACUUCAGUUCAUCAUUGAUGCUUUCUUGGGAAAUGACACUGUUUAUCAGUUAUCAACACAUCCGUAUGGCUGUCGAGUUAUCCAACGAGUUCUUGAACAUUGCUCCGAAGCUCAAAAGCGUCCUGUACUUGAAGCUUUGCAUUCCAAGAUGCGAGCACUUGUUAUGGACCAAUACGGAAAUUAUGUAGUUCAGCAUGUAGUCGAACAUGGUAGUGAAGAAGAUAAAGAUAGAAUAGUAGAUGAGAUCGCUAAAGACGUUGUGAAUUUCGCCCAGCACAAGUUUGCCUCUAAUGUUAUUGAGAAAUGCUUGACUUGUGCGAACCCUAGUCAUAAAAACAAACUGAUUGGGGAAGUUUGUGGACAAUCUGGAGACCAAAACCCUCCUCUGCUUGUAAUGAUGAAAGAUCAAUUUGCGAAUUAUGUUGUACAAAAAAUGCUUGAUGUUGCUGAUUCUGGCCACAGAAAGAAAAUGAUGUUCGCCAUCAAGCCUCACAUCACUCAGCUUCGGAAGUACAACUAUGGAAAACAUAUUAUCACUAAACUAGAGAAAUAUUUCCAAAAACAUAACGGUAACCUUUCCAACGGCGUAAUGAACAAUCAGACCAUUACGAAUAUUCCUUAUGAAAUAGGAACCCACUCCAAUAUCAUCCCGCAUCAACAUCAUCAACAACAUCAUUUGCUCUAA